GCUGAGUAUGAGAGUGUAAGGAGCUCCAGGUUCCUGGACAGAGUGGGGUCAAUUCUCCCUAGAGUCACUGUUCUCUACCCUCUCUAUUGGCUUCCUGUCUAACUGGCUCGGGUGAUUCCGGGGUGACUCAGGGGUACCCUACACACCCCAGAUUCUCCGGAAAUAGUAAGGAGCAGUGUGUUACAUCCCUUGGCCACACACACCAGUGGGAAGGGGGAAGGCUGUAGCAACCUGGUGGUGGAGGACUUGACUUGCCCUGUGUGCCCGAGGAGAGAGGGGUACUGGGGUCUACGACGGGCCUGGGAGUGUGAGAGCCAGAGCCGCCUGGCCUUUCCUUCUGCCUCCAUCCCCAGCUGAGCCCUGCAGCCUGGCUUCCAGCCAGCAGCAGGCUCAGCAGGUCCCAGGGGCGUGGUGGCGGCCAGUGGUGGAACCAGCCUACAUCAGACUGGCCAGGCAGUCGGCAAGACAGCACAAUUUAUCAGGGACAGCUGAGCUCACAGCAUUUGGAGCCCGGAGAGGCAGUACGGCCAUGAGCCCUCUGCUCUACUACGCUCUGCCCACUCUGGGUAGCUAUGUCCUGCUCUCCAUCUUCUUACUGCGCCGGCCUCGCCUGCUGCACACGCCCUGGGUUCCAGCUUUCUGUCCCCGCCUGGGGGCCCACCGGGGAGGAUCUGGAGAGAAGCUGGAGAACACCAUGGAGGCCAUGGAGAACUCCAUGGCUCAGCGAGCCGACCUCCUGGAGCUGGACUGCCAGCUGACGCGGGAUGGUGUAGUGGUGGUGUCCCACGACGAGAACCUGUUGCGCCAGUCAGGCGUGAAUAGGGAUGUGGGCAGCCUGGACUUUGAGGAGCUGCCCCUCUACAAGGAGGAGCUGGAGGUUUACUUCUCACCUGGCCACUUUGCACAUGGGUCAGACCAGCACAUGGUGCGUCUAGAGGACUUGUUCCAGAGGUUCCCUCGGAUGCCCAUGAGUGUGGAGAUCAAAGGGGAAAACGAGCAACUCAUUCAUAAGAUAGCCAGCCUGGUGAGGAGCUUUGACCGCAGUGAAAUCACCAUCUGGGCCUCAGAGAAGAGCUCAGUCAUGAAGAAGUGCAGGGCUGCCAACCCCGAGAUGCCAUUCUGCUUCACAAUAAGCCGAGGAUUCUGGUUGUUACUGCUCUAUUACGUGGGACUGCUGCCCUUCAUCCCAAUUCCCGAGAAGUUCUUCAUGUGCUUCCUGCCCACUAUCAUCAACAGGACCUACUUCCCAUUCUCCUACUCUGGCCUGAACCAGCUGUGUGCUGUGGUUUCUAAAUGGCUCAUCAUGAGGAAAAGUCUGAUCCAACACCUGGAGCAGCGAGGGGUGCAGGUGAUAUUUUGGUGCCUUAAUGAAGAGUCGGAUUUUGAAGUGGCCUACAGCCUAGGGGCCACUGGUGUCAUCACUGAUUACCCCACAGCUCUGCGGCACUACCUGGACAACCAUAGAGCAGCUGCGUAGGCCUUCUGGGCCAGAGGCCCUUGCCUUCUCUCUGUUCCUUCCCUAAUAAAUAUUUUCUUUUCA